AAGGCAGCGAAGGGAAAGGGUUUGGGCCUUUGGGGUUUAGAAAGAGAGAACUUUCACUCACACAGAGACACAGCGAGUCAGCAGCAGCGACACCAUGAGGCUUCUCCAAUCCAUUACUGGUCAGUGUAGGCCGGUGCUGCUGCGAGCGCUGGGUCGGCGAUACUUGGCUGCGGCGUCAACAGAAGAAUACGCGAAGAGAAACUACGCGAGCAACGUGUCGGAGUACAAUACGGUCUUGAAUUCUCUGAAUGCUCAGAGAAGGCAUUUCUUACUGAGGGAUGUGUAUGAUGAUAUGAUGCUCGAUGGGGUGCAGCCGGACCAGGACACCUUCAAAUCCCUAAUAUUGGGCACCAUGAAAGGCUCUAGCUUGCAGGACGCUUUCUACUUCGCUGAUCAAAUGAAAAACAUGGGCUUGGCCCCUGAUGUUAAUUCGUAUAACAUUUUGAUCACAUUGUGUGGGAAGUGCAAGCACUCUGACAAAGCUAUUCAGAUUUUGGAAGAUAUGAAGAAGUUUGACGUGAAACCGAAGGUGCAAACUUACAUGUGUCUACUCAACGCAUGUGCAGCUACUGGCCAUUUAGAUCGAGUGUAUGCAAUUGUCCGUGACAUGACCGCUGCUGGUCUUGGAUUAAACAAGUUCUGCUAUGCAGCACUUAUAACCGCACUUAGGAACAAGACACCCUUACCAGAUGAUUUUGGCACCAAAAUUAUAGAGUUUGUUGAAAGGUCAAAAGAGUGGACAUCGGUUGAAGAAUCAAGUAUGACUGCUGAAAAUGUAAUGAUGGAUAUAACAGAAGAAGAGUUAUAUAAUAUGCCCACUGCUGAAUAUGCUCGUAGGCGUGGAUUUUUGAAUAGGCAACUAACCGUGUAUCAUGCUGCGCUUCAUGCUUGUGCAGACCUCAGGAAUGUAGAGGUGAUGGAAGCUCUUUUGGGGAUGCUAGAGAAAGAUGGAAAAACUCCUGACCUCUUUAUUGUGAUGCAAAAGAUGAGGUGCUAUCUACAGUCUGGGGACAUUGACCGUGGUCUUAAGACGUUUGACGACUAUAUGAAGUCAGGAAAUCUUCCCGCAGUAGAAUUAUAUACGAUGCUUGUGGAGGGAGCCAUGAUUGGGCAUACACCCAAGGGAAUGCAAAUUGCCCAAGAAACGUUGGUAAAUAUGACUUCCCGGAACUUUUAUUUGAGCCCAAAAAUGGGGAGUGAUCUUCUCCUUGCAGCUGCUGGUGAUGAGACUGGAGGUUAUACUGUUGCCAACUAUAUAUGGGACUUGAUGCAAGCUCGUAAUAUAAUUCCCCAAUUUCCUGCUGUAGAAGCAUAUUACAAGGGCUUAAAAAAACGUGAGAUUCCCAGCGACGAUCCACGACUGUUAGUGGUUACGCGGACUUACGAUGAUCUUCUCGCGAGAAGGGGACCCAGACGACCUUCCAGAUAAAUGAUGACGAAAGUUACUCCAAGGAGUAGUUAGUUCUCAUGGAUUUUUAUCGUUCAACUAGCAUUAUUGAUGUUUUGGAGGAAAAGAGUCAUCGUUUAGAGCAAGCGUUCCUGGUAUCAAAAGUCAGGAUACCAUAGGGUGGAUUUCAGUGAGGCUUGGUUAUGAACUCGGGCGUUUCAACAGUUUGUAUGUUGUGGCUUCCCGCAAAAGUCUUGGAAUAGGCUCAUCUUUUGAAGUUUUUUUUAUUUACCAGAAAUGAAAAAAUAACGAAGUUAAAUUUAUUUUUGUUUUGCAUAAAACUUUUAAUAAAAUAGUUUUAGGUUGAGCCUGACCAAGCUAUGGCCUUUACUGUCA